AUGUCAGACGACACGCUAGAGCCGACGGCCAUUGCGCGGCGCCUCGAGCGACGACUCAAGUCCGAUGACGCCGUCGAUUCGCCGACGCUCCCCACCUUGAGCGCCAUCCAGUCCGCCGAAGCAGCUCUCGCCGCCGUCACCGACAGGCACUUGUCGCACGGGCAUGAGAGCCUCCCUGCGGCCGCCGUUGUCGCGCACAUCCUCGACGACAUAGUACCAGCGCUGACAGGUCAGGCGCGCACCAGCCGAUACUACGGCUUCGUCACAGGCGGCGUCCUCCCCGUCGCUGAGUGGGCCGACAACGUCGUCUCCCGCCUCGACCAGAACGUCCAGGUUCACCUCCCGACCCAGUCCGUCGCCACGGCCGUCGAGGAUGCUUCCCUGCGAAUGCUCGCCGCCCUGCUGCGCCUGCGGCCGGCCGACUGGCCAGGCAGGACGCUGACAACGGGCGCGACGGCGAGCAAUGUCCUCGGCCUCGCUUGCGGGCGCGAAGCCGUCCUGGAGAGUAGGCUCCGCCGCGCGGGAGUCGCCGCCGGUGUCGCCGAGUUGGGGCUGCUGUCCGCGUGCCGUCGGGCCGCCGUCGACGAGAUCCAAGUGCUCACGAGCGUUGGCCACAGCUCGCUGGCCAAAGCCGCCGCCGUCGUCGGCAUCGGAAGGGCUUGCGUCAAGGACCUCGGCCUCGGCGGCAAGGAGCCGUGGAGGCUCGAUAUCGACCGCCUCGAGCGCGAACUGCAGCGACCCGGCGUCGCGAGCAUCAUCGCCAUCAGUGCCGGGGACGUCAACACGGGCCGGUAUGCCCUCGAAGGCACGGCCGAGUGGAGCAGAGUGAGAGCUCUGGCCGACAAGUACGCAUCCUGGAUUCACGUCGACGGAGCGUUUGGCAUUUUCACUCGCCUUCUCGGCUUGGUUGACGAAUAUUCUCCUCUCCACCGACGCCUUCAAGGAAUUGAGCUCGCGGACAGCAUCACCGUCGACGGACACAAAAUUCUCAACCUCCCGUACGAUUGCGGCAUGUUCUACACCCGUUCCCCUGCCAUUCUUUCGUCCGUCUUCGCCAAUCCCAACGCCGCCUAUCUCUCGUCCGGCCCUGGCUCGAGCAUUCCCUCUCCCCUCCACAUCGGCCUCGAAAAUUCGCGCCGCUUUCGAGCCCUUCCCUUGUAUGCGGCCAUACUAAACGAGGGGAAGGCCGGCUUUGGGCGGUUGGUGGCCGCCAUGGUUGACAUCUCUCGCCGAAUAGCCGCCUUCUUGCGGGACUCGACGCACUAUGAGCUCUUGCCAGAUGGAUCGGCAUCCCUAGAUGACAUCUUCAUGAUUGUGCUUUUCAGAGCCAAGGACGACAUGCUGAACGACGUGCUCGUCGACCGCAUCAACGAGACGAGGCAGAUGUACGUGAGCGAGACAUCGUGGGGGGGUUCAAAGGCUGUUCGGAUAGCCGUGUCGAAUUGGAAGGUGGACGUGCAUCGGGAUUUCGAGAUUGUCGCAGGCAUUCUCAACGCCGUCGCUGCGGGGGAAAAGUUUGACGUCGGACGCCGGUGA